UGAAACUAUUGUCCCCAGCAAUGCUUAGGCAUAUUACGACAUGCAACAACAGUGCUAAUUGCCCAACAGCAUUACAGUAAAAAUCACUGAGUAGAAAAAAAAAAAGGUUUUCCCAGUAAUAACACUGACCUUUGCACUAGAGACAGUCUGGCAGGACAGCAACCAGAUACACAGGGUGGAUAGUCUACAUGCUGCAGUAUUUACUGGUCUGUAAAGUCAAGGUGUGAGGCUGUGCAUGGUCUUAGAGCAAAUGUGUGCGUGUGUGUCUAAGGAGGUGUGAGAGGAAGCGCGUAGGUAGGACUUUGUGUGUCUGCAUGUCUGUGUUAUCAGGCAAGUGCAGACUCUGCUGUCCAGUGGUGUGUGAGAUGGGACAGAACCAACGAUUUACCACCAUGAAACACUGAGCAGAAUCACACACACACACACACACACACACAGGAAGAGAAACGGCCACAUACAGCUAUAUUUCCUGCCACAGACACACACUUCCACUCUUAUCUUUCACGCCACACACACACACAUACACGCACGUACACACGCACACUUACUCAUAUUUAGCAGCGGUGUUAUCAGAGGUCACUAUUGGUCUGUAUCUCUGCCGGGGGCGAGCACUCAGGCCUGUGUGAUGACAGGCAUAUCUGCAGAUGGAAAACUAACCAGCCGACGGGCCAACACUCACACUUACACUGAACACACUCGAACACAACACUUCGCUAAUACUGGGUCAGAGCCAAAUGACAGAUAUGUGAAAAACCCUCUUAUGGCUCGAUCUCUUCAACUGUGAGGUCAAGUUCAGGGUCAGCUGCAGACAGCACCGUGGAGCUGGACUCAGUGUCCAGCCAAAGAAUAAAAAUGCAAAUGAUAUUCACCAAACUUUAGGUUCACAAGCCUGCUCUGUUUUUUAACCAGUUCCACCCUUCACUGUCGAUCCCGCUUCAUGCUGCGGCGGCUUCUCUCUAAAGAUAAUUAUUGACUUUACACUUAUUAUUUAAACUGAGUGCCAGUGUUGCGGCACAUCUGCAGACUCCUUUGAGUGUUUUUGUUCAGUAUUAAUGUGAGAAGCAAUGUGAGCCUUUUCAUUUUGCAUGACGCAAACGCAACAUGCUAUUAACUAUAAAUCAGAGAGCUGUAGAGGGAAGACAAGCAAGAACAGUCUGAAAGAUACUCAUGCACACUGACAAAUGAGUCAAACAAAAACAAGGCCAGAAAACACUACCAUGCUGCUACCGUCUCAAGUCAUUUUCACAUGUGUCGGUGCAUGUGAGGCAUGGGCAGAAUCAAAGAAUGGACAUAGCUGGGUGUUGCCUGCAUGUAAAAUGCAACAAAGUCAGUCAUGUACCUCAAAGCUGAGUUUUACAUAAAAAAUCUGCACACUCAUUUUAAGACAAUGAUUAUCAAACCAAAACUAACACCUCACUUUCCUCUUCUCAAGGUGAAAUAACAAUUUUGUUCCUGAUCCAAGGUCAGUCUUUGUCUUAAACUUGAGGUUAAAACUCCUAAAACUCCUUUUAGAUCAGAUGAUUUCAUCAUGGCUCCUGCUCCUGUCAUAAAAAAGUGAAGCCCAAAUAUCCCUGUAACAUCUUUCUCUCAACUCAACUCAACUCAACUUUAUUUGUUAAGCACUUUAAAACAACCACAGCUGUACAAAGUGCUGUACAUAACUACACAAAAAAACAAGAUAAAAAACAAUCAAAAAACAAUUAAAACAAUGGAUAAAAUAAAAGCAGAAUUAAAAGUAUUGUUUCAAUGCUUUUAAAAACUAAUUUAAAAACACAGAAACAAAUAACUAAAAACAAACCAUAAAACACUAAAACAGGAGCCGAGUCUCAUGGAGGGUUAAAAGCCAAUGAAUAAAAAUGGGUUUUAAGACGAGUUUUAAAAAUGGACAGUGUGGGGGCUUCUCUAAUUUGGAGGGGUAGCUCGUUCCAUACUGUAAGACGGGAUGGUGGGGCCUCAGUAUUGACGUCAUGCAGCCCUUUCUGCUGACCACAACAUACCCUUCAAAUAAAUUAGAUGGCGACGCUCUUUUAAAUCAUAUUGUCUAAAACAUCACAGAUUACUGAACUGUUUUCAAGCAGACACUCAUGGUUGUAGGAAGUACAAUUGCUCUCCUAUAGUUAGACUACUACUAUCAUGGCCUGCAUUGUGGUUAUCAUGGCAUUAUACCCCAUUUUGCCUCUUUUAACUCACAAUGUACCUUCUGGAAAAAGGGCAGGAAUCUGUCGGUAUGUCCUGAUUCAACUUGGAUCUGAUUCUUGAAGGCAACAAAUGGAUCAAUUCAUAAUCCGUUCUUUAUUUAAACCGAUACGUAACUCCCUUUUUUCUACAUUGAGGAUUAUUUCUGGAUUUAUGUCAGUCUGCUGUGAUUAUUUUUCAUAAGACAUUAAAGGGAAAUGUCAAAUAAGGUUAUCAGUUAUUUGAGAAAUAUCUGUCAAAACAAAGUUUGUAAGUUUUGAGCUGAAACUGAACAAAUGAGCAGCAGAGUUUUUAAACGGGAACACAUAAAAUCCCCUUUUCCCCAAAACUUUCUAAUGACAGACUCUUGGCAACCUGGGGGUUUUGUUUAUUUGGGUACGUUGCCAAAAAUAUGAGCAAGAACCUGCUGCACAGAUCAAGUCUGAAUAUUAUUCAAAUACGCUCCCCAAUCUCAAGUGACUUUUUUUUUGCUCAAGCAUAAAGCGUACACUUUCUAGACAAAUGUGCAACAACGCAUUAGUGUUUCUAUCGCAAAAAAAACCCCAAGUUCAGAUCACACAGACUGCUCCUCCAGGCAACAGCUCACCUUUGUUGUGUGUUCAGCAUCUAAAUGAUGUAUUGUAGAUAUAUGCAAUUAAAAAACCUAAUGAUCCAUCACCAGACUUUAUCAAUGCCCCAGUACACAGAGUCAUAUAUAAAUAAACUCACACACUUAAUUGAGAGAUAACAAGAUUUCUCAAAAUAAACAACUGAUUAGCAGAAGAGUCGUGAAAGUAGAAAUUACACCAAAAUAUCAGGCUGUAAAAAAAUCUAUUAAGGUCUCCAGAGAAACUUCCCGCCUGCUGAUAUUUGUUUUGUUCCGUUUGCUCUGUUUUUAUUGUCGAACUACCCGAGGCCAAACCAUCACAAGUGUCUAGCUGGGGGGAGCCGAGGGUGGCGGUGGUGGUGGGUUGGGUGGUUGGGGAAGGGGGUGAGGGUGGGGGGAGUUGGGGAAGCAGCCAAGUUGAGGAAACACUCUGCUGCUGCUGCUGCUGCUCUGCUGCUGUUGCCUACCCAGAUUUACAUUCAGGAGCCUUUUUCUGAUUCCUCUAUACCCAGAAUUCAGUCUCUCUCUCUCUCUCUCUCUAUCUCUCUCUCUCUCUCUGUCUUUCCCUCUCUCUCUCUCUCUCUCUGUCUCUCUCUCUCUCUAGCUCCCUUCAUUAUCACUGUCCACUCCACAAGAGAGUAAAGGCAGAGGAGCAGGCGGUGGGGGAGGCGGAGGGUUAAGAGUGAGGGAAGUGGAGAGAAGGAAAAGGUGAGAGACAUACAGAGGGGGAAGAGAGGAAGAGAGAGAGGGAGAGCGAUGGAAAGAGGGAGAGAGGGCGAGUGAGAGUGAGGGAGGAUGGAGAGAGUGACAGAUAAAGGGGGGUGGGGAGGUGGGGGUUACAGAGAGCUGCAGCUAUCUGCUGAAAUAUUCAUGUUGGUGCCAGCAGCUUUUCCAUUCCCCGCUCAGCAGGGGGCUGCUGUUUGAUACAUCUCUCUCUCUCUCCCUCUUUGCUCGCCCCCUCUCCUCUCUCUUAACUAGUAAGGUUCGUAAAUGCUCAUUGAGCUUUAGAGGGCCAAUCUCUCCUCAAAUCAGGAUGAAACUGCACUGGCUCAGCUUUUUGAGAUGAUAUUACAAUAAAAACCAUCUUUGGGAAAUCAAAACUUCUUCACAUGUUUAACGUCAUUUGAAUUGAAUGUUUAAGAGAACAACCAACACGUAGACCCGAGGAUGAAGGAUUUAGACAUCAUAUCCUUUCAGUGAUUUCACAGUGAAACACUGUAGGCAGUCAAUUAGCAGGACUGUUAGGUUCAAUAUAAACUGAAUCUCACAGUCAGAAUCCAAAUACAAAAAGAGACAAUAUAAACAAUAAGAGGUAAACAAAGGAAGAUUUGAAAUUCAUACAAUGCAACAGAAAGACAAUAUUCCAAACCUAAAUAUCAGAACAACUUCCCAUUCUAAAAUCACUUAAGCCCACCUAAACACUUAAAAGUACAGUCUGUAUAAAUGGCUAUAUUUAGCGAUAUCUAACAGGCAGAUUCCGAUUAAAUGCCUGGGCCUUUGAGUGCAGUAAGCUUUGGUGGUAGAUCAUAAGUAUCAUCCUUCAUUUGUCAUAUUUUUCCCAUCAAAGACAUCCAUAAAAACACUCUCUCUUGUCUUUCAAUCAGUGUGUUUUUCAAUAAUUCAAUAAUGCAUUUAACACUGGUUUGUCAGUUCUGUGCCACAGUAGAAACAUGGCAGCCUCUGUGGACGGGGACCCACUCCUGUGUGGACGUUAAAGUUUGAAAUCAAAAAUAUGUUUUUUAGAUUUAAAUGUUUAUACUAUAAGACAAACUUAUGGUUAUAUUUCUACCAACUCUGAUAUGUUAAAGGAAGCUGAAUAAUAAUACUGCACCUUUAAAAAUGUUCUGCAUGAAAUGUCUUAAACUUAAUAAAAUAUCUAUGUACACAUUAGAAAAGAUCAAUACUACGCAUAAAGAAAAAGACAAAUGCCUCAAUAAGACAAUCUCAUCUUCAGACACUUCAUCAGCAAAUAAAUAUAACCUGUAUAAAGUCAGGAUUUUUACAUUAUUCUCUAUUUCAAAUGUGGUGAUAUCGCUCAUUUGGUAUUUAUUCAGUAAGCAGGAACUAAACAUCCAUGUUUUAUUGGAUCCACAAAUCCACACUUUUGGGUCUUUUACUAAUCAUUCAGAUAAGAUUAGAUAAGAUAAAGUUCAAUUCAUUAUGGCACACUCUGAUAUAGAAUUAUAUCUGCCAUUGUGAGGUACUUGUCACCCCAACUAUUAGCUGCAGUAACCUCACAGAGAGAAAAGAAGAAUAAAUGAAUCUGAAGGAAUCAUAAGGUCACCCUUAAAAAUAUUCACCUUUCCACAAACCAAAACUUGAAGAUUACAAUAUUCUGAUACUCUAAACUUAUUUUAGUCGACAUAACCAUGAAAACAUUAGAGUUAAAGGUUAGUGCAGUUUUUCAUUUUCUCAGUGUUGUCCUUUUUAGCGGUCUGCAUUUUGCAUCACUUGACUUACCUAUAACCACUUAAACCUUAAUUCAACUUUUACAUUAUCAACAACCCAUUAUUACAAGAUAAUGGGUAUGGUAGAAAACCGUGGCGUUUUUGUGCCGCUGUGUUUUUUUGUUUGUUUGUUUUUUACAUCCCAAACAGGAAUUUAUUAAUGUUAUUUAAAAAAAUAAAAAAAUAAAACACUCAGAGGGCACUCUUUAAUAUGAGGUAAAAAAGGCAGGGGCUCAAGCACUCCUCGGGCCCUAUGAGUGCACGUGUAUGAUCAAAUCACAGUUGGAUCCACUUGUUGAAGAAUAUCUCUAAAGCCCGUGGUUAAGGGCAACAGUAAUCAAAUGACAACAGGAAAGGAGGAUUAAGUAGCUUUUUCACGGUUUGUUAUGAACAGGAUCUAUUUUUGAGGUGUAAAACAGAACUUUAUAAAGCAAAUAACACACAAUGAAAAUGAAGUUUAAGGUGAGAGAAGAGGAGGAAGAGUAGGGAAGGAUAAAAUGCAAGGCAGAGUGACUCAAACAGAUUUGAAGAGUAACUUUAACUUUGCUGAUAUUUGUUGUCUGACAGACCUCACACUGAUGUACGUUAUUGUGACAAAAUAAACCUUUUCACCAAAUUCAUCCAAUCUGACUACAAACUGAAGCAGUGUGUCACUUCACCUCAUCCAAGAGGCCUUUUCACUUGGCCAAGAAAAACAGAGUGAGGAAAACUCAGCAGCUGCAGCCUCAGAGGGUUAGGUUUGUGCCUCACAGCAAAGAACCGCAGCAUCUUAUUUAGACCUGAUGUCAGUCAGGCCCUGUGGUUAAACAGGGAGGGACUGCCUGGAUGGUGGCAGCGUAUACAGUAUGUGUGUUGUAUGUGCGUUAUAUGUGUGUGUAUAUGCGGUUGCACUAAGCCAGCACAUGUGUUGGGGGAUGUGUGGCAGAUGUUGCAGAGGGAAGGAUUAGUGUGUGUGUGUCUUUAAGUGUGUACAUUAAAAAUAUCUUUUCCACAGCAGGAAACCACAGAGGCCAAUUACAGUGCAGCAUCUGCUCGCACACAUUUAUUAGAGUGUGUGUGUGUGUGUGUGUGUGUGUGUGUGUGUGUGUGUGUGUGUGUGUGUGUGUGUGUGUGUGUGUGUGUGUGUGUAAGAGGGGAUGAGGAGGUUCAGGCGGAGUUCAGGUUAUUUACAUCUUUGCAUUUAGAGUUUCUCUGGAUAUGGUGCAGUGUGUGUGUGUGUGUGUGUGUGUGUGUGUGUGUGUGUGUGUGUGUGUGUGUGUGUGUGUGUGUGUGUGUGUGUGUGUUAGAGAGAAUUAGAGCCAAAGAAAGAAGAAUAAAUACAGUACAGAAAUGGAGACAAUGGUGAGAGUAGAAUAGACAUUUUGAGGAUAGGAGGAAGAGGAGAGGAAAGAAAUGAAAGCUUGUCGUUUCCAGCAGAAAUCUAAUGCAUUGCUGUUUUUUUGUUUUUUUGUUUUUUUUUUCCAACAUAGUGGAAAAAGCAAAACCUCAGUAACAAAAGCUACAUCUGCAUCCUUUGAAUUUGUCACAUAAUGUCUGCAGGAGUUUGUUGAAAACUAAUUAAAUCCAUUUUAUUGUUUCUUUUUUUAACCAGAUCCCUCUGAGAUAACAAUCACUUGGCUUCACUUUAAUUGUGUUUAAAUGAACUGGAGACGCAGAAGAAAAAAAUACCACUUUAUAAAAUCUGUGACCAGAUAUUGCCAUGAAUGUGAUUUCCUACAAAUAGAUUAAAAGAAAUAUUUGUUUUUAUUAUUUGCUAGGAGCACAAUAACAAUAAGACUGAAUAGCUGAGUCUAUGUGUGACCCCUUACUCGUGUAUGUGGCCACUUAGAUAUAGAUACACAGUAAAGCAAAAGGCUAUGUGCAUUGAUAAGGAGAGCAAGUAAUGGUUGAAUGAAUAAAGCACUGCUAGACAGGUUGUCUAUAAGUGAAACAGAUGGUUCAAAGUUAAUACACGUGAAAAUAUUCAUCAUCUAUUCAACUAGGAGGCUGAUAUAAGGUAUUUAGCCAGUUAUCUGUAUCAGUAUUUAUCUUAAGAAUCAUUCACAAAAUUAAUCAGUAAAAGUGAGCAGCAGAUGUGUUUUUCUCUCAUUUGUUGUCACUUACCUAAUGACCUGCCACCAACCACACCACGCCUUAAAGCUCCUGUGAGCGACUUUUGGUUUGUGUCAGUUUUGCCCUCCUCCUAGUGGACAAAGCAGUUUUAACUUAGCUUGUCUUCUGGAUGCUGAGUGACAAAAACACUCUAAUCCUGCAGCUACCCUCUGACAGUCAGAUGAACCAUUUAUUGUCAGUAUUUUGUAUGUAGACUGUAAACGGUAAAACUCUCUCAGUGGUCUCUUCAUUAAAAAUUAGGGUGUAAAAUUAAUCAACCCUGUCGCUCAUUAUUGCUUUAGGAUAUAAUGGAGAGGCAUCAAUAUGAAUUUUAGUUUAUCUCAUUAAACCAAAACAUUCCCCAUUGGAGCUUUAAACCAAAAAUAUGAGCACUUGGACUUCUGCUUAUACGAACAUGAAAUGUAAAAGGUGUACAGUCUUCAGAGAAAUACUGUUGUACCCACUCAUCUAUAGUAACCUGUUCAUGUUUGAAUAGAAAGUCCAAGUUCAACAUUUGGCAAAAGAUCUUGAUUUAUAAUUCAAAAAUAUCUGUGUUUCAAAUAUCAGCUCAUGAUCAGUAUAAGGACCAGCACUCCUAAUAUAUAGGUAGAUAUAUAUAACUCUGUUAGUUAACAUAUUGAGAUCAGGGGGCAUGAAAUAGUGAAAACAAAAUCCAAGAUUUAUUGCAUGUAUACAAUAUACAGUAUUUCUUCACACUCUGAGGACUGAGCAUUGUGUUCAUCAGUACUGAAUGUAAUUACAUAGUUCUCUUUUUGGUACACAGUUGGAAAAUGACAGUUCUUCUUUACCCAUGCAUUAUAAAUACUAUAUCUGAUUCAGUAGUUUUGUUUUGGCUGGUGCUCCAAAUCUCACUCUGAAGUCCUGAUCAUAACAUUUACUUCAUGUUUGCUGCUGCAUGGAAGAUUGUAUAAGUAUAAAGCAGAAGUUGGAUUAACAAUCAAGGGAUAAACUCUGUUGUUGUAAAUAGUGGAUAGGCCAAGCGAAAUCCUUUAACAUCUUCAUGUCAAUGUCAGCUUUAUGUAUAUAGCGCAUUUAAAACAGCCAGUGGCCUACCAAAGUGCUUUAUCGUAAAAUAGGCAGAACAAUAAAAAAAACUAUAAAAGCUAUAAAAACAAGAAAGGCGUAAUACAUACGUAUAAAAACAUAAAACAACAAUAUAGGUAAACAUACCAAAUAAAAGACCCAAUAAAAGUAACUAUACUACACCAAAGGCUAAAGAGAACAGGUGCGUCUUUGGAGUGGAGAGGCUAUUCGCAGUGCUCACUGUCAGGGGUAGCCACAACAGAAAAAGCUUGAUCCCCCCUAGAAUUUAAAAAGGAUCAAGGAAUGCCUAAAACCACCUGAUUAGCUGACCUGGAGGGCUGACGCAAUUUAAUAAGGUCAGACGGGUAUCCCGGGGCCAGUCCAUUCAGAGACUUAAAAACAUGAAUGUGAAAAUACAAUCUAUAACACAGAGCAUAGUGUAUAUAGCGGUCACACAAAACAAGGAAAUAACUAUUAAUCACCUGUGUGCUUUGAUGCCUUUGUGGUGUUUCUGGGAAUUAAAGGAGAAUCCUAGUUUUAAUUGAGCUGCUGAGACUAUAAAGCAUUUGAAUUACUUUGUAGAAUCAAAGUCAGCGGCUACUACAAGAGGCACUGAUGGGUAGAAAUCCUGCAGUGUUGCUACUAAUAAUGAUUAGGGUUAUGUGAGAGCUCGCUACAUCCACCAUCAGAUCAAUAAUACAUGUAUGAUACAAUUCGUCUAUAUGAGCAUCAAUUGUGAGAGGAUCUUGUGUUAUUAAAACUUUAAUCUAAGGAAGUAUCAAAAGUGUAAAGCUGUUGUGCAAAACUCUCGAGUAAAUGUGAAAAUUUAACUUUCAUAAGGCAUGAACUCUGCUGUUUAACCUGUAGCUCAUGUCACAAAAAGUUACAAAGAUGAUGGCAUGAGAUGAUUAGUGAUGAAAUAAUAAGGGUCCUGUAGCCCACAAGUGAGCAUGGCAGGAUGAAAAGGAAAGAGAAAGAUGAAGUAGAAGAAGACGGUGGUGUUUGCAAUGAGCACAAAAGCUCUCCAAUAACUUUAGAGCCACUCCAAUCGACCAUGUCAUCAAUCAGAGUGUUUUUCCUGUGUGCGCAGCUGAGGAAAGGCUCCGCUCUAAUGUGAGCACAUCGACAAGUGGCCUCCAUUAUUCAUACAGUCAGGACCAAUACUGUGCUGGCAGCAGAUUUGUGGAGCAGACAUCGUUAAAAAGCUGGCUGGAGGAUGUUACUUAGGAUUAGCAGGACUCUAAGUGCUUUUAACUGGACGCCCUUAAACAGAGUGAUGAGUUUUUCCCAAUCAUUCAUUCAUUAUGAGGAGAAAAAGACAAAAACCAUUCAAGUAUUCAGGAUGGAAAUCCUCUCUGCUGUCUUUGCACUCUUCACAGGAGCAUGUCUAACAGACUGCCUUCAAAUGUUACUGUCACUGAUCUUUCAAACAUAUCAUAAAAAGAGAAAUUAUUCACUUUUGAAUCAAGUUUAUAACCACAGACCUGUAAAUAGUAGUUUAAUGUCGUUGUCACAUAUGUUGACGCAGUUGCCCUGGUUAAUAUGCAUAUCUACUCUGUCUCUGGGAUCUCUGUCCAGUAUGUUUACAUAUAAACCAGCCCAUGAAUCUGAGUCUGUUUCUCUAUGGAAUCAGAAGUAACAUAACAUAAAAAAGAUAAAUAAUAAAAACCACUGAUCAUUUAUGCUAAUAUAUUCUACCUUAAAGGGAUAUCCCGACAUAAAUUUAAGUUAUGGUCAGACACACUGUAACACUGAGUUGACCACCCUUGAGAGAAAGACCGCACAAUAGACACACAGAGGUCUACACUGUUUGUGGUGGGAGCCCUGAUAAGUCGAUCACCGAGUGCAGCGGAUCUUGCAGACGUGGUAGUUCUUCUGCCUUAGUGUCUCGGUCUGAUUGCAUCUCCAUGGAGUAAUAAUCAUAAAUGUUCUUCCUUGAGCUGCGAAACUCCGCUGCAUUCGGUGAUCGACCUGUCAGGGCUCCCCCACAAACAAGCGGCUGCUAGAGGAGAGUGAGUGAGUUGUGUUUGGUCUCUUUGCUUAAGAAACCAGGCAAAGCUAAAAAGAUGUUUGACGGCUGGUGUUGCGGCUGGGACCCUAUAUGUACUGUUGAUGAAGUUAGGUGCUGUUCUGAGCAUUAUUUGUGGCUAUAGAGUGGCGUUUUGGUUCAGGUUUGCGCGUGGAGACGUAGGCCACUGUGUAUUGCUAUCCUGUGGUCGUUAAAGUUAGGGUUAGGGGUGUCUAACUUGGUGUUACGGUGUGUUUGACCCUAACCUAAAUUUAUGCCGGAAUAUCCCUUUAAUACACAAAUUGAAAUUGAUCAGGAUCAGAAACAUACAUGCUCUUCUGUGUCAAGCAAUAAAAAAACACGUAUCUUUGAUUUCAUUAUGCAAAGUGUGACAAAAGAAACUCAGAAAUGGGUAAAAACUAAAACUUCAAGGAGGUGGUCAUGUUCAAUUUGUGUAGAAAUAAUUAAGAACUAGCUCUGACAUUAAUAAAUGACACUGAGACUGUGUUUCCAUUUUUAAUUAAUUGAAUGAAAGUGAAAUGACCCUCGUCUGGCUGUGGUAAUUAGCUGUUAAACAGCUCAAAUAUAAAAUCUAUUGGCCUCAAACAAAGGCUGAUGUCUCUGGGUACAUGCUUUCUUCCUUACUUUCAGAAAUGUCUUGUUAAAGUUUCUUUUUCUUGUUGACUGUAGUUUGUAUACUAUCCACCAACUCACAUUAGAAGCUGGUCUAAAGGUCCAGUCAGUGGGAAUGAGGGUUACUGGGAGUAAAGACUGGUGCUUUAGUGCUGUAACGAUCAGAAUGGGAUCAGCAAACAUCGAUUCGUCAAUGCAUGUUUAACAUCCUGUGAAAAGUGAGCAACCCUGACCAAAGCAACACUUCUCGAAGCAUCUUAACGUGAAGUUUGUUUGUUUGCAUUUGUUGAUAGACGUGAGAGGAAACAAACUUUCUGCCUUCACUGCCAUUUUAUUUGCAAUAAAACAGUUUAUGUCAUAGUUUUUUCAGUCCCUUUUGUCCAGUCUGAGCCUCUGCAGGUAACUGCUGCCAGAUUUGAAAAACAUGAUCCUUUAAAUGUAAUCAAAUCAAAAGAAAAUGAAAUUCACUUUUGUAGCUGAAAGGUUAAUUGUAAUUUAAUAUUGCAUGGUACACUUUAAUUUUCACUGUUCCCGGUCUCACUCUCUCCUAUUUGAAAAUAAUAAAAUAAAAUCCCACUCUCAAUACAGCAAUGCAACAUUAGACCUGUCCACAGCAGUAGCAGCAGCAGAAAUAAACAGUUAGUCUUCAAACUCUAUAAUUAAUGUGAUAGAUCCCAAUGCGUGCUUGUUUCUUUGGUAAUCAUGUCAGGUUUUUAAUGUAUCAACCAUGUUACUGUGAAGAAGAACUGUAAGUUAAAGGGAUCAACUGUGAUAGACGACACAGGACCCGCCCAACUUCUCAAACUUAGUCCACCUUUCCCCCUCUUUUCCCCUGCACAGCCUCCAAAGUGAGGCUCACUUUUAUCCAUGUGGAACUACUGCCCCCCAGUGGUCAGAAGUAGUUCUGUAGCAGGAGACAUUUUAGACUGACUGUACUGGGAUUGAACACAGUCAAAAUCUUUCUGUCACAUACUGUGCAAAAAUCAGAUUAAGUUGUAAUUAAAAUAUUCAUCCGGGGGUCACUUUCUACUUAAAAAUUAGUUUGUUUUUUUUUAUUUCUGUUUCUAUUGACUAUCAGUUAAUGUGCGGAGCUCGACACUAGAGGGCUGUAGUCAGUCAUCUGAUUACUGUGUACGUGUGCCCAACUUAAGGGUUAUAGUUAAUACAUCUCAUCAAAGUCCCAACUGUUCUUCAAGACACACUAUAUAUCAAGUUUCAAUUAUUUUUCUCAAACCAUUGAACUGUAACCUCAAACUUAGACAUGAUAAAUCCCAGUCUGUAUUUGUAGGCCUUAGUUUUGUGUCAUGGGUAAACAAUUAUAAAUAGAAAAACAGGUUUAAGUAGGAUGCAUUUUCGUUUGAUGACGUCCUCAAAAUAAGGGCACGGGCCAUUACUGCUGUGAUUAUUUCAAUCAGGAGAGAACAGUUAAUGGAUUAGAGAUUAAUAUUCAUUAUACAGAGAUUAUGUGAUAAGAUGAUAAGUAAUUUUGUAUUGUCAGAGUGUUUUAGCGCUUGUGCCAGGGAGACAGAUUUAAUCAAAGAAUGACUAUCCUGAGCAGCAAAAUCCUGUGUCCUUAGUGUUCAGCAGGGUCUGAUCCCCUGUGGGGUCCAGACACUGGUGGUGUUGUCUGAGGUAGAUAAAGAAACCGCAAAACUUGCUGGAAUAGCAGAAACAGUGUGAAUGAUUAGCAGGGGGAGUACAUCAUAUUAAAAAUGAUAGCAGUGAUACACUUUUCUGUCUCCCAUAGGCGGGAUUUGUGUCAAACUCAAGUGCUGCACGUGCUCAGCUGCCUCCACAUAGUACCAAUAAUUAAAGAAAUAAAGAAAACAGUAUUAAAAAACAACAAUAAGCCCCAAAGACACAACACUCUGUGUUUGCCAAAGAACAGACUGUCAAUAAACUGACUGGCGGGAAGUUUUCAGUCCUCUCUGUAAUGUUUACGUCAGUCUGAACUAAACAGGCAAGAGUGGUUAGAAAAGGGCCGAGCAGAGAGAUGACCCUCUCAAACCUGAUUGUGCUCUUCAACACAGCCUGGUUAAACAAAAAUGUGAUCUUGUGAUCCCUCGUAGACUAUGAGUUGCCUUAUAAAAUACAGUCUUUUAGGUUAAAGAAAAUUUCAGCAUGAUCUGUCCACCUUGAAAAGGUUUAAAGUGAGGGUUCAACACUAUCUCAUUAGUUUUCUUUAUGUAUAAAACCAGGGAGUUGGCAUCACACUGUUGGGCAAAACUGUGUAUAAAUUAGUGAACUACGACCAAAAACCUGUGUCCUCUGUGUUCAUUGACAGUGCCAUCUGAAAGUUUAUAUAAAGUUAAAUAUGGUUACAUAUUUAUAUAAAUAUGGAGGAGUGAAUCCAGCAGAGAAAUAACACACCAACAUGCAGAAAAGUCUUCCUGACUGAACUUUUGCUAAAGCUCCAUGUAACCUACCUUUUAGCUAAGUUAAAAUCUAAUCCAGUAUACUCACAUUACCACUGAAACCUCCUUUUAUUUAUCUAUCAUCUCAAUUCAAUUCAAAUCACCGGAUUUGUCCUCAAGGGGCAAUUUUAAAAGACAUGACAGCAAAUUUAAGGGACAUACAAACAAACCACACGAUUGGACAUGACAGUAAAAAACAGACAAUCAGCAUUUUUCUUUCAUUAUAGUGUCACAUUGUUCAGCAUUGAAACAUCCACAGAUACACCAGAAAAGAAGAACUUCAUGGUGGUGUUAUUUCACUUGUGCAAAACUGCCUCUUUGGAAACUUGUUACAUUUUUCUCUAAAAACAAUGAUACCAGACCUCAGACCAAAAGGAUUCAAAAAAGGUGAUCUGUCUCCUCAUCUCACCCAGCAGCAUGAAGUAUGAGUCUCAUCAGUGAAAGCUGUCUGUUUAUCCUGAGGUGAACUGCAUACGACAAGACUCCUCCUUUUGGCUGUUUGUGUGUGAACCCAUGAUGAGUCUGACGUAUGUGUUUCCCCCUUUUUUACAGUCACCGCUCCAACAGUUCAUAGUAGAAUCAUACCUCCUGCAUAGUUUUGUGGCUUUGUUGCAUAAUCACAGCACUUAAGAAACAACAUCAAACAGGACUUAAGAAACAAGUUAAUACAUAACUGCUUUCAUAUUUUAAUAUUAAGGUCCAAAGAUCCAAAAAUGGUUAUAAAUAAAAGUAAGAAAAGGAGAUGGGAUGCAACUCAAGUGCCACAAUUGUUAAUGUGUGAGCAGAAAUACUGUGCUUAUCGGACGGGGGAAGGUUGGGGUGGGGGAUCCUUGAUGAAGUCAGGGACAGGAACAGAACUUCCUCUGCAGCCGAAACAAUCUGACUGGAAACACUCAGCCUAUCACCAAGAGUGCACCAUGGAGAGAGCCGCUGCGGCAACAGGCCGCAGGACCCCCACAGCACCUGAAUGCAACAUCUCCACCUCGACUUUGGCUUUUGAUCAACACUUCACCACCACGGCCAAAGGAACACUCCACCUGGCAGAGAUCGUAAGUGUGAACAUGUUUAUUUAAGAUUUGUAGUGUUGGAGGUACGGCUCAUUAGUAAAUGUUCACCGCACAGACACAGAUGUCUGAGUAAUGUAAACACACAGUAUGUCCUGAUGUAGACACACCACAAGGUGACUCGAUCUGAACACCGACUUUCUCCUGUGGCUGAUUCAAACUUUAUUAGACUAUGCUUAAAUAAUAACUAUAGCUUUCUGUGAAAUGCAUCAGAAAUUUGUGAGAGUAAGAAAAGUGCAUACAGAUCUUGCUGGUCUCCCUCAAACUCUAAAGCUUUAGAAAUACUAGUGAGAGUCAUAAGAAAAGCAGAAAAAAUGAUAAUGAUUUUUUUUUUUGACUUUUUCUAUGAAAAUAGGAAGUUAACCCCAAACACGCCAAGAAAAUAAAUUCCUCCUCUUUCUCAGCCUCAUUGUGUCUCUUCCUUUCUGAAUCAGCUGAGGGGAAAGUCAGGACAGCCUGUCUGUAAAUACAGUCUGGCUGACUGCCAUGUAGAGAUGGCAGGGGGUGGAGGACCCUGAUUGAAACAAAUCCAACAGUUUUAAAACAUCUAAAUCAUAAUAAAGACCAACUAAUCCACCUGCUUUGUUCCUCAGUUUUGUCAAAGAAGUCGUGGAAUCGCCCUUUACUGACCCGAUUUGAUUAUCAGUAAAAACAGUCCUUUGGAAAACAAUGUCAAAGAUGGUGUGUUAAAUAACAUAAAAAAUAUUUGCUUGAGGUGAUUUGAUGUGAAACAUCCCACAAAAAUCUGUGACUGUGAACCAGGAAGAGUGGGUGUGAGUUUGCAGGAAGGAGAAUGAGUUACAGACCACAAAACUUUGAUGCAGAGAAGAUGUGGGUUUGGGGAAUGUGAAAACUAUUCCUGAAAUAACAAACAUUAAAAGAUAAAGUGAAGUGAACAGUGACAUUUAUCAUCAUUGUUCUCUGUAAAUCAGCGGUCUAAAUACUUCCUCUCUUCUCCUCUCCUCUCCUCUCCAUCAGGUGUUUGGCAUGUUGGUGUGGAUUCUGGUGGGGGGUACAGACUAUUUUGGUCGGUCUGCUCUUUGCUGGGUGAUGUUCGUUGCAGUCUCGUUCUGGGUUCUGGCUGUUUGUCUGUUUGUAAUUUAUCUCACUGGAGUCCAUCACAGGAUACCGCAGGUCCCCUGGACCACACUGGUAACACACCUUUACAAAUUUUGGCAAAACACACUGACAAAAAGAAAAAAACAUAAUACUGCGGUGACUUUGUGUUUGUGCAUGGUAGUAUGAAUUUAUUGUUUUAUGAUUGUUUGUAAUUCUCUCUCUCCCUGUCUCUUUCUCUCUCUUCUAGUCUCUGUAUUUGGACUGCUGUGCUACAGCUCUGUAUCUGGUUGCAGCAGUGGUGGAUGCUCUCUCAGUCAAGCAGGCCAUUGUGGGGCGACAUAACUACAACUGCUGGGCAGCAUCUGCAGUAAGAGUGCCACAAGAUCUUUUUGUCACCAUUUAUUAAAUUCAAAUUCAACUUUAUUUAUAUGGCACUUUUCAUACAAAAGACAAUGCAAUUCAAAGUACCUCACAGAGGCUAAAAACAACAAUAAUGACAAAAACUCAACCCUUCCACCCACACACACACCCAUGGACCCACACCCACACAAAGACACACACCCACACAUACACACACACACACACACACACACACACAAAACCGCACACAGUGUGAGCAUUUAAGAUAUAUUGUAAGAGAGACAUGGCCUGACACCGAGACAUUACAUGAGGAAAGAUCUACCUUUGGGAAACACUGGAGAUAAAAAUAGAGAUAAAAAUGCUUAAAAGAGUAAAACCUGAUGGACUAAAAAAGAAAAUAAAAAUAUUAAAUCAACAAAUAAGUAAAAGCUCUUUACCAUAUAAAAAGGGGGUAAAAGAAGUAAAAACCUGUGAAGGGAAAUUAAGAAAAAGACUAAGAACAGAGAUAAUUAAUAGAAUGACAUCGAAUAUACAUAAACAUAAAAUAGACAGGUCGCAGUCUAUUUUCUCCCCUGGAGGUGUGGGUUUGAAUCCCACUUCUGACAGAGCACUUCCUCAGACGAGGUGGCCGAGUGGUUAAGGCGAUGGACUGCUAAUCCAUUGUGCUCUGCACGCGUGGGUUCGAAUCCCAUCCUCGUCGGUAUCCAUAGAGAAUUUCCCAGUUUGGGAUCAAUAAAUUAUAUCUAUCUGUGGACAUUUGCAAUAUAAGAAAAAUGGCAAUUAGCAAAAAGCCUGGUUAAAAAAAUGAGUCUUCAGCAUCUUGAGCACAGUCUCUGCGGCCCUGAGGCUCUCUGGCAAUAAUGAAAAAAAAAAAACACAGUAAACCUUACUACAACAAAUGUACUCCCUUUUGAAUUUCUACAUCAUCUCUACAUCAAAAAAAAAAAAAAAAUAAAUAAUCCAUAUCAUCAAACCAGAGUAUCCACUUGUUCCAAGUACAGAUUUGAUGCUAAUGCUGUUUUUUUUACUGCACCAUGAGAGCAGGGAUUGCUGUGGGUCUUAAAGUCUGUGGUAUGUUUUAAUAGAAAAAAAUAAAAAGACUGCACAAUUUUGUGAUAUUUCCAAAGAGAGAGUUACACUUUACAGUUAGGGACACACAAUUUUGGUGUGGGAAAGAAUGGAGGAGUAACCCACCUGUGGGUUUGAGUACUAUCUUUACAGUCCCUCACAAAGCGCUGAUUUAAGGGUGAUGAUGUGACGCAACAGGCUUAACGGUCCCAAACAAGAUGAUGGAUCGUUCAUAACACGAUUAUUUUCAGUCUUAAACCUAAAUAACACUGACCUUUCCAGCAAAUACUCACAAACCAUCAGGGGGCUGGUUUAGCUCAGCCUGUGGACAGGGGUAAAUCCCAUUCCAGGUCUUUACUGGAUUUGGCGUGUGUCAUCAUCUGCUCUUUCCCCCGUCCUUCCCGUCUCUCUCAAGCUGUUCUUUCAAAAAAGGCUAAGAGGCCCCUUAGAAAAACUCUUCGUAAUAAAAAACACCGCUUGACUCAGUGGUUACUGAGUCUUACAUCCUUGUUGCACUUGUCAUAUCAUUAAUUCCUGGUCCAGUCAUGAAUGUGUGUGUGUCAUUUCCUAACACUCCCCGUGUUUAUGUUUCCGGUCUUUCUUGAGCUCUUAUCUAAUAAAGGCAGGGCAAAAGCUUGACAAUGAUCUCUAACAAUCCUUGUACUGUUGUUUUUGAAUCAAUCUUACUGAAUACUUUUUCAACUGUAAAUGUCACCGGUAGUUUCAGUCUUCAUUUUGUCUCUUAAAGGGAUAUUCCAGUGUAAAUUUAAGUUAUGGUCAAACACACCGUAACACCGAGUUAGACACCUAUACCAAUUUUAAUAACGUCUGCAUAAUAUCAAUACACAGCGGUCUAUGUCUCCACGCACAAACCUCAACCAAAAAGCCACUCUGUAGCCACAAAUAAUGCUCAGAACAGCACCCAUCUUCAUCAACAAAUAGGGUCCCAGCACUAACCCACUCUCCUCCAGCAGCCGCUUGUUUGUGAGGGAGCCCUGACGAGUCGAUCACUGAGUGAGUGGAGACGUAGACCGCUGUGUAUUGCUACUUUGCGGUUGUUGCUAAAGUUGGUAUAACUAGAGAAGCAAACAGUCAGUGACAUUCAUCUCUUGAGGGGGUGUCUGGCUCGGUGUUACGGUGUGUUUGACCUUAACUUAAUUUUACGCUUGAAUAUCCCUUUAAGGUUUGAACAUGCCACAGUUGCAAACCACCAUCAUUCAUUUACAGUGUAUAGCAUCAUUAUCUGUAAAUAGAUUAGCUUUCUGUUAUAUGUACUGGAAACUUUCCUGGUGUUUUGACCCCGGAGUAUUUUUCUCUUAAAAGAAAUUCACCUUUCACUUGUCACACUAACAAACAUAUCCUUGUCUCUGUUUCCUUUAACCUCUUUAUGUCCACACACUUUUUUUCUUUUCAGUUCUUUGCAUUCCUGACCACGCUGUGCUAUGCAGGAAGCAGCUACCUGAGCUACCGUUCCUGGAAAACUGAUGAAGAGGCGCAUUAGUCUCAUCACUUGAUGGUUAAAGACAAAGCACUCCUCAAACUUUGCCUGAAGAAAGUUUCCGGUGGAGAUUUACCUUCAGACCAGAUCGACUGAAGCUAAAGGCAGGCAUGAUAAUACGUCUGUGAUUAAAUAUCUUUGUUCUAUGUUUUUUUUAUUUAGCAGACAAAAAUUCAGGUAGAGAAGGACAUCUGUAUUUAACAAGGUUUUAUGGACUCUAACUCAUCAGCCACGUGAAGAAAAUCAAGCACAUUACAGACACUGUCAGAUCAGUGAAUUCUAUCUAAAUUUGAUAUUUCUUUAGUAUGAGGUUAAAGCUCCUGUGAGGAACUAUUCUUGUCCUCUACAUUUUUAAUCCUGCUGACUUUUGAGAGUCAUAUGAAUGAUUUAUUACAAAUAGUCAAAGUAGACAUUGUAAACAUGGGAUUGUUUCUCCAGUUGCUUGGCCGACACCUACCCCUUUACAAUGAUUCCAGGCAUUAAAAAAUGAAUUAAAAUAAAAUAAAAUAUUUAUCUCUUCACUGACGGUCUUGAUUACUUUCGUUUAUCAUAGAAAGGCAUCAGUCUGAAUUUCAUUCUAUUCAAUGAAAGUCAAAGAAUCUCCCCACAGGAGCUUUAAUGUGCUUCUAAUCGAUAUAGUUCUCCACACAGUUUUAUAGAAUCGAUCUCCUGCCACAUUAUCCAGGUAUGUUAGUCUGGCUAUGACAAGUUUGAUUUCAGUGUUAUUUCAGAAGGAUGAACAAGUUAACAUGCAUUUAAAAAAGUUUAGUUUCUGUCAAACUAUUGCAAUAAACUGAUUUUUUAAGUGCAUGUAAACAUACUGACUGAUACCUCUAUAUGAGGCAUCAUUUAACAAAUCUGGUAACUUUACUAUGGUGUGUUUUAAAACCCUGUUAGGAGCUGGACUAAAUGACUGACAAAUGGCCAAAAACCAGCCUUCUUUGAAUUUCUACACAGCUAAUACUCAAAUUGAGUGACGAAUUUUAUUGUUAAAAGACAACAGGAUGAAAUUUUUGUCUGAAAACGUUACUUUCACAUGUACAGGACAUUAGGUAAGAAUGUGUGUCCAUUGGAGGGGCCGGUUUUAACAUGUACCAAAAAUUUCUCAUCACAGCUUUUUGUAGAAAAAUUACGGAAAAAAAUAGUCCUAAAAACAGAAAGACAAAAAACAAAAAAAAACAAACAGUACGAAAAACAGAAUAAAAAUUUCUUUGAGAAGGAGGGGGAAAAUAUUAGUCCAAAAACCAGAAGAAAAAAAAAUAGAAUCACAGAAUGAAGAAAAAAAUUAGUCCUAAAACAGCAAAGGAAAAAAAAAAUUACUCAAAAAAGUUUCCUUUUUUAUUUGUAAGUAAAUGCAAUACACUUUCGUAAAAAAAAAAAAAAAAAAGAAAAACAAAGAAAAACAUGUUUUCUGAGUGUUGAUUUGUAUAUUACAUAAUAAAAUCUGGGCUUCACAGCAGCAUAACAGCAUUGCAGGGAUCAUUCACCCAUAAGUAAAGAGAUCACUUUGUGAAAACAAUUUCAUAUCACACUUUCUGGUCGGGUUAACAUCCAUUUCCAGUCAUGGGAUACCUGUGUAAUCUCACCUUUCAGAACUUGGCAAUAGACAAGUUAAUGGAGAGUAUUUACAAAUGGCAAAUGGCUUUAACAUUUUCCUUUCUCUUCAUGUAAUUAGAUUUAAUCUUACAAUAAUUAGGCCUUUGUUUAAUUUUCAUUUUAUAAUUAUUAUUUCAGUGUUGUCAUAAUUUAUUACUUGCCGGCAUUACUACUUCCACUGCAACAACUAGAGGAGGAAAAUAAUUGUAGAAGUAAAGAGUGAAGUAAUGGUUUGUGUGAAUGUACAAGAUUGUUCUUAAGGGCGUCACUGUGUAUAAAGUAUGCACAGGUUGGAUCACUAGUGUGCUCAGGGAUAACCAUGCUGCAGGACACACCCUUGGCCAAGUUUCAACAACAGCAUUCAGUGAUUCAGCUGGUCAGAAUCCUGGAUGUCGUCCAUUAACCAAAAAAGAUUAACUACUUUUUAAAUUCCAGCUCUUUCCUGAAAAUGCACAAAUACACAAGCUUAGCCUUGAUCAAAUCUUUGAGUUCAUUUUAUUCACAUAAACAAUCUAAUAAGGCUUCAACACUAAAGCAAUUAUCCUUGAUUGAAACUGGUUCGCUGCCUUUCUUGCUUUGUCUGGAUAAUUACUAGAGAGAACAAAGAGUCGGGUAGAAUUGCAUAAGUAAUAAGGUCAGUGGGAUAAAUGCAAAAACCAGUUGCAGCCAUAUGUCUCGUCAACUGUAUAGAACUAACUUUGUAGCUGUGUGAUAACCUCCAGAGCUGAAAGUGCUGGGUAAUCACUUUUGGUAUCUUGCUUUCUAGUUCUGUGGUGAAAGAGUGUGAUGUGAUAAAUCACUCUUGUUGUCUUACAUAAUAAACCAAAACAUAGCUUGUAAUCAUUGGGCAAGUUGUUGUCGAGCUGGUUUCAAUGAGAAAAACUGACCAAUCUUAAGACCUGCAAGAAUUUCUUUUUACUGGUCUUUAGGCAGUGGUUACUGAGUUUUACCUCCUUGCUGAAAGAGUCACAUCAUUGAUUCCUGUUCCAGUCAUGAAUGCAUGUGUCACUUCCCUACUGCCCCCAUGUUUCCUGUCUUUCUUGAGCUUUUAUCCAAUAAAAUAAAGACCAAAAGCCUAAAA